GCAGCACCAGCAGAGGCAGCAAAGGAGAUGCCGGCCGCGGAGCCACAAGCGACAGCUGAGGAGCCCGCCGCUGUUGCUGAGACGCCAGCGCCUGAGCCUGCAGCAGCUGAGGAGAAGACCGAGGAGGCAGCACCAGCAGAAGCAGCAAAGGAGAUGCCGGCCGCGGAGCCACAAGCGACAGCUGAGGAGCCCGCCGCUGUUGCUGAGACGCCAGCGCCUGAGCCUGCAGCAGCUGAGGAGAAGACCGAGGAGGCAGCACCAGCAGAAGCAGCAAAGGAGAUGCCGGCCGCGGAGCCACAAGCGACAGCUGAGGAGCCCGCCGCUGUUGCUGAGACGCCAGCGCCUGAGCCUGCAGCAGCUGAGGAGAAGACCGAGGAGGCAGGCAGCCCAGCAGAAGCAGCAAAGGAGAUGCCGGCCGCGGAGCCACAAGCGACAGAGCCCGCCGCUGUUGCGCCAGCGCCUGAGCCUGCAGCAGCUGAGGAGAAGACCGAGGAGGCAGCACCAGCAGAAGCAGCAAAGGAGAUGCCGGCCGCGGAGCCACAAGCGACAGCUGAGGAGCCCGCCGCUGUUGCUGAGACGCCAGCGCCUGAGCCUGCAGCAGCUGAGGAGAAGACCGAGGAGGCAGCACCAGCAGAAGCAGCAAAGGAGAUGCCGGCCGCGGAGCCACAAGCGACAGCUGAGGAGCCCGCCGCUGUUGCUGAGACGCCAGCGCCUGAGCCUGCAGCAGCUGAGGAGAAGACCGAGGAGGCAGCACCAGCAGAAGCAGCAAAGGAGAUGCCGGCCGCGGCUGUUGCUGAGCCGCCAGCGCCUGAGCCCCCAGCAGCUGAGGAGAAGACUGAGGAGGAGGCUACAGCUGCUGCCUAG